CAUCACAAAAAAUAGUCAUUUCAAGUAUAGGAAUUAUUCCUUAGGCUCAUUAUCUGUAUUAGGACCCUAAUACCAAGACUCUUCUCUAUAACCCAUUGUCAUAUUUAGCUCCAUACUAUCGGAGCACGGCACCCUACCGUCCGAUAUGUUGAUAGCGCCGCCGCGCCCCAAUCCCGCGAUUUCCUUAAUUCUCUGAAAUACCUUUUUCAUAAAACAGGAGCUGGCUUUACCAACACUUUAAGCCCAGUAACUACGACUCCAACGCAUAAUAGAGCCCGCGACUUCAAUCAUACAUAUACAGAGCGAUAAUGGCAGCAAUUUAGCGCGCGUUUUUGGUUCCCCGACAGCAAGCCACCCGAGCUUCGCAUUUCUUAGAGUCCAGGACAUCAAUCUUUCGCAGCCAUGGACAUUGCGGCGCGGCGCAUAUCAGCCAACACGUUGGUGACGGCAGCAUCAAAGAGAAUUGCCCUAGCAGAAUAUGCCAUUCCCACACUCUGUGCCCAACGAUCAACAGGACGAAGAAACCUUACAGCCCCCUCUCUUCGAACGAAAGCGCCCUCACAACGGCAGCAUAGCCUCCUAACACCCAUAACGAAACGACAGGAAUAUAGCUCCUCGUCAGCCACAUCCCCACCACCUCGAUUCUCAUACGGGAUUGCUGCCUCCUUUACAGCCAAGGACAAACGCUUCAAGCCGAAAGAUAACGUGCUUCACUUCGAACCCCGCCCAAUCCCGGUCAAGCGGCGAACGAACAGAAAAGACCGCCCUGCUUCCGGCCAAGAUGCCUUUUUCGUCUCUCAGCUCGGCGACAGCGGCGAUGUGGCGAUGGGCGUUGCAGACGGAGUAGGUGGGUGGGCAGACUCGGGAGUGGACCCAGCGGAUUUCUCCCAUGCCUUCUGCGACUACAUGGCAUAUGAAGCCAAUAAUUACGAUACCGAAUCGGGGGAUGCACUGAGUGCAAUGGGAUUAAUGCAAGAAGGAUACGAUUCUGUGGUCAAUGACAAGACUAUUAGAGCAGGCGGUAGCACUGCCUGCGUCGCAAUCGCGAGGACCGAUGGAAGUCUGGAUGUUGCGAAUUUGGGCGACUCUGGCUUCCUUCAGCUGCGGUUGAAUGCGGUGCACUACAACUCCGAGCCCCAGACACACGCUUUCAACACCCCCUAUCAACUGGCCAUCAUACCAAGAUCGAUGCGGAUGAUGACCCAAGCCUUUGGAGGAACACAGUUGGAUGAUAUGCCAAAGGAUUCCGCGGUCUCCAAGCACAGCUUGCGCCACGGUGAUGUGCUCGUCUUUGCAACAGAUGGCGUGUGGGAUAAUCUCAAUAGCUACGAUAUCCUUCGGCUUGUCAGCAAGCUGAUGGUUGGGUCAAAUGCGUGGACUCACAGUGACGACGGCAUCAACGUUACGGAUCGCUUAUCUGAUUAUAUUCUGAAGGAUGAUUCGCCAGGGUCUGACCAUGUUAAAUCGUUGCAGUCGUUCCUGGCGAUGGGGAUAGCGAGCGCAGCAAAGGCGGCGAGUAUUAAUAGGAGGGUUGAUGGGCCGUUUGCCAAAGAGGUGCAGAAGCACUACCCGCAUGAGAUGUGGACCGGCGGAAAGGUCGAUGAUAUAUGUGUAGUUGUUGCUGUGGUUGUGGAAGACGGGAAAUAAAGCGUCCAGGGCUUGGAUAGAAAUGGGCGUUUCUGGAUGAAUUAUUGGGUCAGAUGAGAAUAUAGACUGCGAGGUCCAGGCUCGCCGCCGAAGGUAAUUAGAUUAAUUGUUCGAAUAUAAAUAUAUAUCGCAUUUAUAUCAAAGACAGACAUAUUAUAUAAC